CCCCGCGCUGACUCCUGCCGCGCCCCGACUGCUCCUCAGCUUGUGACUUUCUGUGACCUUGCCCCUAUCCCCCCACCCCCCCCGAUGUUUCUGGGAGUUCAGAGGGCGCUAGAAGGGCCUGGGACAGAGCGAGAUGCCACCAGCUGGUCCAAGGAGAAGUUCCAUGAGCUCCUGGUGGGCCUGGUGGUAGAGAAUGAAGCUGGCCGCUGCGAGGUCAGUGAGCUCAAGCAGGUGGAAGGUGAGGCUUCCUGUAGCAGCCGCAAAGGAAAGCUGAUUUUCUUCUAUGAGUGGAACAUCAAAAUGGGCUGGAAAGGUACAAUUAAAGAAUCUGAUGUGAAGCACAAGGGAUUGAUUGAAAUACCCAACCUUUCUGAAGAAAAUGAAGUAGAUGACACUGAGGUGAACAUGAGUAAGAAGAAAGGAGAUGGGGAUAUACUGAAGGAUCUUAUGAAAACUGCAGGCACCGCCAAGGUCAAGGAGGCCCUUGGAGAUUACCUGAAGGCACUUAAAACAGAAUUUACAAUAGGAAUGAUUUUACCAACAAAAGCAGUGGCAACUCAGGAAUUGACUGUUAAAAGGAAACUGAGUGAGAGUACCUUGCAGAGUCAAGCCUCACCUCCAGUGGCUUUGGGUGUAAGGAUUCCCACUGUUGCAUUGCACAUGACGGAACUGUUUGACACCGCUGUAGAGCAACUGUACAGCAUCUUCACUGUGAAGGAUUUGGUGCAAAAAUUUUCUAAAUCUUCUGCUAUAUUAGAAGCUGAAAAGGGAGGGAAAUUCCAAAUGUUUGAUGGGAAUAUCACCGGUGAAUAUAUAGAACUGUUAACAAAUAAAAAGAUCGUCAUGAAAUGGAGAUGUAGGAACUGGCCAGAAGAACAUUAUGCAACAGUUGCAUUGAAUUUUGUGCCUACUCCAGGGCAAACAGAAUUACAACUUGACUGUAAAGGAGUUCCUGUUUGUAAAGAGGAGAACACGAAAUUCUGUUGGCAGAAGCAGCAUUUUGAAGAAAUAAAAGGUUUACUGCAACUGACCACCCUAAAUGGUUGAAUUAGAUUUUAUAAGGGCAUUACUUUUUUGAUAAAUGGAUUUGCCCUUGGUGGACUGGAAACAGCUGGCUUCUAACCUGGACUCUAUGAAUGGCACUGCUCUGAAGAAUACCCACCAUUUAAGACCUUUUUGGGAAACUAAAUAGUCUUUCUGCAAUCAGUACAACCCUGACAUCACAAAGAAGUGAAGCAUGAACAAGAGUUGUGCUUUUAAUAAUUUAAACCUUUAAUCUGCUUACUUUUAGCAACUAUACUUUUUCAAUCUAGAGAUUUUGAACAUCUUGUAUUUUCCAGGUACAUCAUAUUACUUGUUAAAGUUAUUCUUUCAUUUGCUAAUGCAUCAACAUUUCAAGAACAGUGUUAAAGGUGAUGGCCUCAUUGCUGAAAAAAACUGAAUGAUGAAAUCUAGGGAUUUGUUACUGAGUUUAAUUUUACAUGUGAACCAUGAUACCUAAAUGAUACCAUGAGAUCUGUAAUAUAAGUUUUCUACAGUACUUAAAUAUGUGGUUUUUUUCUUUCCCAGAUACAAAACCAAUGCAUGCUCAUUACAGGUAAUUGAAACCAUACAAUAGUUAAACUACAAAAUAAAAACAUCCCAUAAUUUAAUUUUUAUACAGUUGAGAGUACAAUCCUGUUUUUUUCUUUGCAUGUAAUGAGUAAUCUUUCCCUUCAUUUAUAAGAAUAUGGCUUAUUUUCUAAUUUUUUCAUGUAAUCAAGUUAAUUCCUUUUUGUUUUAAAGACUAUAAUACAGAUGAGCUGUGCUUUAUUUACUCCUUCCAAUGGACAUGAGUUCCAGUUUUUAUCAAUACAAAACCAUGGGAAAAUAAACACCCUCUGUAUACUGUUACACACUUUUACGAGUAGAAUAGGAUGGAUUCCUACAACUGGUAUUACUGGUCAAAUGGCAUGGAUAUCCUACAGUGAUAAUGCAAAGCUGCCUACCCAAGGUGGCUCCAUUCUAAGAUCUCUCUACCCAUUCUGUUUAAGAUGUAUGUCAUCUAAACUUUAUCUCAGUUUCACAGUGAGGGGAAAAAAUCAUUGAUUAAUUAGUAAGGUUAGGCAAUCUUCUUAUAUGGUUACCAAACACUUUACUUUUGUGUUUGUGUAAACUGUUCGUGUCCUUUGCUUAAAUUAGUUAUUUAACACUGUUUUGUAUAUUGGCAAUAUUAGGCCAUUUAUUUGUUAAGAAUGCACAUAUUUUUCUCACUAACACUUUGUAUUUGAUUACUUCGAUCUGUGGCAUUUUCCAGCAUACAUUAUUUUUAGUUUUAUCUGUAAUAAGAAUUUUUCAUUUUUGUUUCCUGCUUGCUUACUAUGGUUAUUUCAAAUCUCAAGGUAGUAUCCAUGAUUCUAUGCUUUUCCUUUUUAUUUCUAUGAUCCUGGUUUUUUUUUUUUUUUUUUUUGGUAAUUAAAUCUUUUAAU